AUGAGAGGCGACAUACUUUCCGUCUUCAUCGAAGCUAAUCGUUUCCCUCCAGCCAUCAACGGACAUCGUUAUUCUAUUCUCAGAGCGGAGUCUGACGCCGUUGCUGAUCGACUGUUGAUCAUUGUCAGCAAGAAUAAGAAAGACGCCUCCAGAGCCUCUCACUCGUAUGCAAGCUCUGACAUGAACAGACUUUCUGGGAACCACAUCUAUGAACUGGAAGCUAACCAGAUUUCUGCCGUGGACCAGUGCCCUGCUCAAUCGCUUGAACUGCCUGUUCUGCCUAGAAUAAGCGUCAUGUCUGCUUUCAACCCCUUUGACGAACAACUCUCUUCACCACCGAGCCCUGUUCCCAAUCAACUCAAGCCUGCUACUGAGGCUGACACACUCCCUUCGAGUCCGUUGACUUCUAGGCCACCCACCAACUACCUGCCUUUCAUCCCCCCGACAGCACCAUUUGAUCCCUACAAAGAGAAGUAUGAGCCUCACCCAGCUGGACCCUAUGGUGCCAAAAAGUUCAAAAACAGACAGACGCUGAGUUCUGCACCUUUCGGGUUUGAGAGACCAGUCACACCUACCUUCUCUGACACAACCUCAAGCUUCUUGCACUUCUCCGAUACAAACUCGCCAACUUCACCUGAUCAAGCUGGUGCUGGUGCUGCGUCUUCUCCAUCUACAAGUCAGAUCUCUUGCUCACCUCCUAGAACACCUCUCUUUAGGCCCUUCAAGAUCCCUCGUAAACCGCUGCCGCCUGGCGCGAAGCCGUUUCCUCCUGUUUCUUACACGCCACCUGGUUCGCCAAUUCGUCACGACUCACACCGCAACACUGUCAACAUCGAAACUGCUGUUCCUCAGCGUCCUCAUCGUGCACCCACAAACACUGCUCGCGUCCGCUCACCCUCCAGGAACCAGACCACUAAAAGAAAGCCAGGACUCGACGUUCACAAGCAUCUUCCUCCUUCUCCUUCUCCUGCUCGUCCAGCCAACACUUCUCAAUCCCAGAACCCUGCUCCAUCGAGCAAUUCUCAUAGUAGAAGAGUUUCGAGACCCUCUGAUCACGGUAUGCAAGUGCUUUAUAUGAGCAGUGCAGAGUAUAUCGCCAGACCUGUCACAGCUGCUGACCGUGUGCGUAGCGAAUUGAGAAAUGUCAAGGAGAGAGCCUUGGAUAGAAUCUUUAAGCUCAGGCGCUCUUGA